AGUAUCACUCUCAGAAAUGAAAUCCAAGAGAGAGAAUGAUGACUUGGUGGAGGAGGAAGGGUUUGCUUCGGAAUCGAAGAGGCGGAAAGUGGUGGAGGAGGAGUCAUCUCCCUCGCCGCCUCCUCUUCCCAUAGCGAAUCCUCUUGCCGGACUAGCGAAUUAUGAUGACGAUGAGGAGGAGGAAGAAGAUGAGAGGCAUAGGCGUGCUGAGCAAAAUAGCGAUAGAAAGGAAGGUGGUCAACAAGAUGAUGAUGACGAUGACGACAACGACGAUGACGAUCAACAUGAGCAAGCAUACAGUCAAGGAAAGCGAAGCCGUGAGGUGGAGCGCCGGAGGGACUGUCCUUAUCUUGAUACCGUUAAUCGACAGGUUUUGGAUUUUGAUUUUGAGAAGUUCUGCUCUGUGUCUCUCUCGAAUUUGAAUGUGUAUGCCUGUUUGGUCUGUGGGAAGUACUACCAAGGAAGAGGGAAAAAGUCUCAUGCAUAUACUCACAGCCUCGAAGCAGGGCAUCAUGUUUACAUCAAUCUUCGGACUGAACAGGUUUAUUGCCUUCCCGAUGGUUAUGAAAUUGACGACCCUUCAUUAGAUGACAUUCGGCAUGUUCUGAAUCAAAGGUUUACUAAAGAACAAGUUGAACAACUUGACAAGAACAAGCAAUGGUCUAGGGCACUUGAUGGUUCUGAUUACCUCCCAGGAAUGGUGGGCCUUAACAACAUCAAGGAGACAGAUUUUGUGAAUGUCACAAUACAAUCUUUAAUGAGAGUUACUCCUUUAAGAAAUUUUUUUCUUAUCCGUGAAAAUUAUAAACACAGCAAAUCUUCACUUGUUCAUCGAUUUGGAGAACUCACACGGAAGAUUUGGCAUGCACGGAACUUUAAAGGACAGGUGAGCCCGCAUGAGUUUCUGCAGGCAGUUAUGAAAGCCAGUAAAAAACGGUUUCGGAUAGGCAUGCAGUCUGACCCAGUUGAAUUCAUGUCAUGGCUUCUUAACACACUGCAUGCUGAUCUUAAAACAAAGAAAAAUAAAAGCAUUAUCUAUGAUUGCUUUCAGGGCGAAUUGGAGGUUGUGAAAGAGAUCCAUAACAAAGCUUUUACUGAGAAGAAAGAAAACAGUGAUGACCAGAUUGCUGUUUCAAAACUCACAGAUGGUGGAAUUAAACAUGAUGCGGAUGUGGCAGAAACUUCCAGAAUGCCGUUCCUAAUGCUUGGACUGGAUUUGCCCCCACCUCCUCUUUUCAAAGACGUGAUGGAGAAAAAUAUAAUACCCCAGGUAUACUUUGACUUCUUUGUUAGUUUGGUUGCAAUGUAA